GUUCUGCAUAAUAACAUCCGUAAGGCAAUGGCAGUUGCUUGGCCAAUGGGGAGGCGCGGCGCGCACUCGUGGGCGUAGUGGAGCGCGCGGAUUGGCCCGCACGCUCGGGUUUAUCACUCGAUUUGUCGGUAGCGGCGUCACCGCAGUCGCGGCGCGCGAUUGUCGAUUGUCGCCAUUGUGUCGAGCGAGCGACGGACGCGCGGAGCUCGCGCUCGUUUGAUUUGCAACACGCGAUACGAUAACGCAAUCCGAGUCAAUCGAUCGUGUAAUAACAGUUACGUAUACAAUGAUAACAGUUGUUUAUAAUUACUGAUAAUUUGUUUGUUUUUCGUAUUGAGAUUUGUGUGUGUAGUGCCGGCGGGACUUUUUUGAAACGUGAUUGAAAGGCUUCAUCGUGGAUCUGGAGUUACAUCAACGUGCCAGUGGGCACUUUAUGAGUGCCGCUGGUGCGAUGUGCGACCGAACUGGUUUCGGGUCAUCUAUGGGACAUUUCCCCAUGGGCCCCAUGUCCGCCAUGGGUGCCAUAGGGACUAUGAGCUCGAUAUCUGCGAUGAACGGACCUCAGCAGAAGAAAGUUCAGGAGGAACAUAUUAAAAGGCCCAUGAACGCCUUUAUGGUGUGGUCGAGGCUACAAAGGCGGAAGAUCGCACAAGAUAAUCCGAAGAUGCACAACUCGGAGAUCUCUAAAAGAUUAGGUGCCGAAUGGAAGCUUCUCUCGGAAGACGAGAAGCGGCCCUUCAUUGACGAAGCGAAGCGUAUCAGAGCUAUGCACAUGAAGGAACAUCCUGACUACAAGUACAGGCCGAGAAGGAAGCCGAAGACCUUGAGGAAGGAGGGGUAUCCUUACUCCAUACCGUACCCUAGCGUGCCCAUGGAUGCGCUUAGAGCUGGAAUGGCAGGCGGUGGCAUGGGUCAAGCAAUGGGAGGGUAUUAUGGAGCAGCAUAUGGUCCGUUAGGAGCCAGUAUGGCGGCCGCAGCAGCUGCAGCAGCUCAGCAGAAUGCUAUCAGUGCCGCUUUAACGCCUAAUCCACAGGUCGGUUCAUCAAUGGAUAUGUCGAAGUACUCAAUAGAAGCUGAAAAAUACCGCACCUACGGUAUGUACCCAGACCCCUCCCGAGGAUACCUGGACUCUGCAGCCUUAUCCAAGGCAUAUAUGUACAUGGACCAGCAGCAACAGCGCUCGUACCCAGUCGACAUCAGUAAGAUGUACUCCGAAGCAUCAGCCGCCGCCAUGGCAGGACUUAGCUCCGUAAACUCAGCUCCAUCCAGUCUAUCGCCACGUUCCCCAACUGACUCCCCAGACAUGACCCCCAAAGCCCAAGACAGAACCGAAGGCUCAUCAUCAUCAGGGUCAAAUCCCUCCCCUUCGCUUCCCUACUACCAAGGAUCCUCAAGUAUCCUCAUGCCACAAUACCCCGGACAGUAUCCACAAAGCACCCAAGGAGGUCCGGAGUUCAGACGACCCCUCACCGUCAUAUUUUGACCUGAAACCUAGUUUGUUGUUGUUGAUUUUUAUUUAUUUGUUCAUUUUUAUAGUUUUCCAACGACUGCGUUUUUUACGUUAGUUUCCUAUCGAAUUUU